AUGUCUUAUAUAUUGAAAGUUAAUAAUAUUUUAAAAUUGCAACUUAAAAUUGCAGUUGUUGAUUUCGAGAAAGUUGAACAGAAAGCUCUACAAAUUGUCUUCCCGAAUAUUAAGAUUGUUGGAUGUUUCUUCCAUUAUAGUCAGGCGUUACUGGACAAUGCAAAGAAGCAUAAAAUUUUUCGACGUAAUCAGAGCGAUGACGAGUUAGAACGGGGCUUUAUAAAAUUAAUGAUUGCCUUGGUCUUAUUACCAGCAAAUUUUAUAGAGGAAGGGUUCGAUCUAAUUACAAAAGUAAUUUUUAAUGUAGAAGAAAACGAACAGCUAAAGACAUUUAUUAAUUAUUAUAAGCGGACAUAG